GUUCUUAUCGACCUCAAGGCUAAGCAGGCACCCGACGAAGAUAUCUCGAAUCCUUACGUUCUUUGUUCCUUUCUCUUCCAUUCUUUUCAUCUCCCUCUUCGCUAACACCACGCACGUCACUCCUUUGCCCGUGCUGUCACUGAAGUACCACCAUGGCUCAAGAACAAAAAGACAUAGAGCUCUCUGAAUCUGUCUCUGCCGAGAAAGCCCAGCUCUUGGAGGCACAGACAGGCGACGCUAACCCUCCUCUUCCUUCACCGGCUACUGCGUCCACUACCAAACCAAAGACCAAGGUCACUACCGCAGCUAUAAUCCCCAUAUGGAUCAUACUAAGCUCAACCGUCAUAAUCUACAACAACUAUCUGUAUAACACUCUGCAUUUUCGCUAUCCUGUCUUUCUUGUAACCUGGCAUCUUACUUUUGCUGCCAUUGGGACCCGUGUACUCCAACGAACAACAAACUUGCUUGAUGGGGCCAAAGAUGUGCAUCUGUCAAAAGAUACUUUCAUGCGUUCAAUCCUACCCAUAGGCCUCCUCUUCAGUGGUAGCCUUAUCCUCAGCAAUACCGCGUAUCUUCAUUUAAGUGUGUCUUAUAUCCAGAUGCUCAAAGCUUUCAACCCUGUAGCGAUAUUGCUCAUUUCAUGGGCGUUCCGCAUACAGGAACCCAGCAGGAAGCUGGUUCUUAUUGUCUUCAUGAUUUCUAGUGGUGUUGCCCUAGCCUCACACGGGGAGCUACGCUUCGACUUGUUUGGUUUUCUGGUACAAGCUGCUUCUGUAGCAUUCGAAGCUUCUCGGCUGGUUAUGAUACAGAUCCUUCUUCAUGGCCUCAAAAUGGAUCCACUCGUGUCACUUCACUACUAUGCACCAGUCUGUGCUAUCAUUAACGUUGCUGUCCUUCCAUUCACGGAAGGAUUGGAGCCUUUCUACGAAGUUGCACGUGUUGGUCCUCUCAUACUGCUUUCAAAUGCCCUCGUUGCUUUCACAUUGAAUGUGGCAGCCGUGUUCUUGGUGGGAGUUGGAAGUGGUUUAGUGCUGACUCUCGCUGGAGUGUUCAAGGAUAUCCUACUCAUCACAGGCUCUGUUCUCAUUUUCAAAUCUGAAAUAUCACCCCUCCAGAUUCUAGGAUACUCUAUCGCACUUGGCGGCCUCAUCCUCUACAAGUUAUCCGCAGGAAAGUGAUCACACUUGAAAUUCCCUUCCCCGUGCAUAUAUCAAUUACACCCAUACAUUUCUCAUACGUAUCAUGCGUAUUAUCGGACGUUCGAAAACUAGAUAGACGGUCAGGUUCUGCGAUCCAUCGACCAUAUUAUGGGCCCCUGUCCCAUGUAAUUCUACUCCUGGCAGCGUAUCUAUACUUAAUGUCUGUUCAGUGUACCUAUGCUUUCGUCCAUUACUAGAGUAAUGAUACCUUGUUCCCUCA